AUGGAUGGGCACGAUGACCAGUCACAACAGCUUCCAUGCAGUAGUAUCAUCGCCGAACAACCGGACAACUUCCCUCGGCCAGGUAUCGUCGACUCACACAUAGUUACCUUGCGGGAUCUUACCUCCUGGUGCCAUGAAAUAGCACAAUCGAUUUUUCGAACCUUAUCAAAGGCUCUUGAGCUCCCACCGGAAGUCGCCCUGGAGACCUUGCACAAUCCCACCGCCUCGUACGACAUUACUCGCCUCUUGCGAUAUGAGGAAAACACGUUACCCGAUACACUUCUCGUGCCCCAAGCUGCCCACACCGACCUGGGUUCCCUGACAUUCUUGUUCACGGAAAUCAAUCUGGGCGAUGCAAUGAGCAUGUGGACGGAAGGGGCUUUGCAGAGUGUUCUCCACCGGGUGGCAUCCAUGCCGGGGCAGGAAAUUCAUGAGCGCUACAGCUUUGCUCUACUGAUGAGACCGACUAAUACGGCUCCUAUGUGCUCUUUGCUCCAUGAGGCGGUGCCAAAUGGACAGCUUUGUUGCGAAGAGUGGAUCAGUGCCAAGUUGAAGGCCUUGGGGGGGGGGGAGAAAGGCGGUGAUUCCGUUCGUUCUGAGUGUCGUGACGCGGAAAUCAGGAUUGGUCGACUUGCAACGGUGUGA